UUUUCUUUCAACUUUUGCCUUCUGCAAUGCUUGCAGUGUGUGAUAUACUAUAGUGACACGGUAUGACAACAAGCAGCCAAUGGGACGGCGUUGUUCCGCUAUAUUUAUUAAUUUACAUUCAUGCUGUUUACACUGCAUGUCCGCUACUGUAUGCGGGGCCGUUAGACGGCUAAAGGUCGGGACGGCCAUUGCCUUGGCAAAGGUAAAUGGCGCCAAACUAGUUAGAGAAACAGGCAGACAAACGGUGGAUUUUUGUUGAUAGAUUUGAAGCUCUUCUAGCCACUUCAUUACGUGGACCACGCUGAUGAUUGGACGGAAAUUAAACGCAGCAAUGGAGUUGGGGCUCCUCCGUGAUGGGUGCGUGCAAUCGUACGUCAUAUGGACGCACUGAUUAGCGACGCUUCAAUAAUCAUUCUGAAUGCGUGUGUGAGUGUUCAGUAGAGUGUCGUUUUUGGGCUAUUUUUAGACAACGAAAGGCAAUGAAAAAACCAGCCAAAUCAAACGGACACAAAUACAUUUACGAAACGAACCCAAUGUUUAGACGACCACGCCGAACGACGAACAAUGUGUUUUGGGUGUAACGCUUUGGUUUCGCUUGUAACGGACAGGCAAUGAACCGCAACGCAAGUUCAUUGCAGCAGUUGCCGUUCAAUCGUCAGCCGAUCAGCUCCAGAGGCAGUGUGACAUUGCCGAGCGCGAUUAAAACCCCUCACACACGGCGUGACGGAAUGGCAUGAAAUCUUCAACCGGCAACAAAACAGUGCCCCCAACACACACACACUCGUCCGGUGCCGGUGAUAAUUGCCUUGUGGACCAACGACGUCUGAUAAGAUAUAAUCGUGAGCACGGAGGGGGAUUGCUUUGCAGAACAGCGUGGUGUGUAAAGAUUCCUCCAGUUUGUCGUUGUUUAACAUUAUUGAAGCAUACGAUCUACGAUCUCCAACCAUGACGACACAGCGCUGGAUCGCGCUAACCCUCGCACUAGCGAUCUGCAAUGUGCAUGCCGAGAACAUACUCUUCCUCCAGACGACGCCCUCGAAAAGCCAUCACAUCUGGAACCGGCAGAUCUUUGACCGGCUGUACGAAAACGGACACAACCUGACCAUCCUUUCGUUUGAGCAGGAAACGUCCGUCCCGGGCAAAACGUUUCUGGUGAUGGACGGGUACUACGCGAAGAUGAUGGCCGCGUUCGCCGACAGUGCGGGUGAUUUCUCCAGCUACGAGCACGCGUACGGCAACAUCAUGAACGUGUACCAGUACUACAAGGUGGCGAGCGGGCUGCUGGAGGAGGAGGACGCCAUCCAGCGGCUGCUGGCGUACCCGCGCACCUUCCGGUUCGAUCUGGUAAUACACGACUUCACGAUGGGACAGUGGUUGCUUGGCUUUCUGGAGCACUUCCACAAUCCGCCGCUGGUUAGCAUCUCGCCGUACAACAUCCCGUCGUACACGCAGUACCUGGCAGACGUACCAGUCUACACCACCUAUCUGCCCCAUCCGGCAUCCAGCUUCGGGACGCGCAUGACUUUCGUGGAGCGCGUUCAGAACACACUGUACUGGUGGUUCGACAUGCUGUACCGGCAGCAGGUGUACAUGCCCCAGGAACAGCAACGGCUGGUGCGCGUCUUUGAGGGUGCGAAUCGCACUCACGUCAAGCUGCUGGAGCGCCGAUCCGAGCUGGUGCUGGUGAACAGUGAUCCGGCGCUCGACUUCUAUCAGCUGCUGCCCCCGAACGUGGUGCAGGUGGGCGGUUUGCACAUCAAGCGGGCGGAGGAGAUGCCACCGAUGAUGAGCCAGUUCAUUGCCCGGGCGAACAAAGGCGUGGUGCUGUUCAGCUUCGGCACGAACGUGCAGAGCGAGAUGCUGGGGGCGGAAGUGAACCGGCAGCUGCUCGAGCUGUUCGCCAGCAUGCCCGACUAUGGCUUCAUCUGGAAGCACGCGAACGCGGACGGGUUGAUAAUGCCCCCGAACGUGCUGAUGGCGCCGUGGGUGCCCCAGUCCGCCGUGCUGGCCAACGGGCGCACCAAGCUGCUCGUUAGCCACGGCGGUCUGCUCAGCCUGCAGGAGGCAGCGUGGAACGGUGUGCCGGUGAUUGGGGUGCCCUUCUUUGCCGAUCAGUUUUCGAACGUGCGGCGGAUCGAGCUGGCCGGCAUCGGUAUCGGCAUACCGUCCACGCAGCUCAACGCAGUGACGCUGAAAGAGGCGAUGGAUACGAUACUGAGCGAUAGCAGCUAUCGCGCACGGAGUAAGGAGCUUUCGUACCGCUUCCGCACGCAGCCGGAACCUCCGCUCGAGCGUGCCAUCUUCUGGAUCGAGAAGACGAUCGCCAACAAGGGCCUGCGGUAUCUGCGCUCGCCGACGCGCAGUAUGGCACCGUACCAGGUGUACGGGCUGGACAUGGUCGGGGUCGUGCUGCUGAUCGCGCUCGGAUACUAUCUUAUCUUUAAGCGUCACUCGAAGCCACCGACCGGGGAGGCGAACAAACCCAAGAGCGACUAGUACCCGCGAUAGGGUGGAAGAUUUCACCUGUGCGGCAAAACGCACGGUGGCAAAACAACACGGACACGGCGUUUGAGCAGUA